UGGAGGGACUGUUUUCUUCUCCCAGGUGCUGAAAGCCUGACAUUGACUGUGAAGAGCCGACUCUGAAGACAUUUUCUUUUCUUUUUCCUCCGCAGGAACCUUGGGGAAAUUCAGCCUCCAGGUCUCUAACUCCGCAGGAGGCAGCCCGAAAACACACUCACACACGUAUUUGAAAUCUAAAUUAAAAAGAAAAGCGGAAGAAGCUGUGGAAGCAGCAGCAGCAGCAGCAGCAGCAGCAGCAGCAGCAGCGGGAGGAGGAGGGGCUGAGGCCACAGCUGAGGCAGCAGGAGUGAGAGGAGAGGACAUCCCUGUCCUGGGCUGCUGGAGGGGACUCAUGGCAGAUUUCGGCCGGGGGGCCGCCGGCAGCGGCGGGGGCCUGCCUACCUCCCCGGGACCUGUCCUUGGAAAGGUGGCCUUUAAAGCGGGAGAUGGAGAAGGAGGAGGAGGAGGAGGUGGCGGCGGAGGUGGUGGAGGUGGUGACAGUGGCGUCAGCUUGGGGAGAGCACGCUAUGACAGCAGCAGCGGGGUUUCCAACGGAGACUGCACCCUGGGGGUGUUGGGGGAAGACCCUAGGACUGGGAAGCCUAUCAGCCCUUCUCGGGGAAACCACCCCAGCCUGGGGACCCCAACGGUGGGGCGAGAGAACAAGCCGGGAGGCAUCCCCCGCAGGAGUAGCAUUAUCAAGGAUGGUACCAAACAGAAACGAGAACGGAAAAAGACAGUGUCGUUUAGCAGCAUGCCCACAGAGAAGAAGAUCAGCAGUGCGAGCGACUGCAUCAAUUCAAUGGUGGAGGGCUCGGAACUCAAGAAGGUCCGCUCCAACUCUAGAAUUUACCACCGGUAUUUUCUCUUAGAUGCCGACAUGCAGUCCCUGCGAUGGGAGCCGUCCAAGAAGGACUCGGAGAAAGCCAAGAUCGACAUUAAAUCCAUCAAGGAAGUGAGAACAGGGAAAAAUACAGAUAUUUUCCGCAGCAAUGGUAUUUCCGACCAGAUCUCUGAAGACUGCGCGUUUUCUGUGAUCUACGGAGAGAAUUACGAGUCUCUGGAUCUGGUCGCCAACUCCGCCGACGUGGCCAACAUCUGGGUCACGGGGCUCCGGUACCUCAUCUCCUACGGGAAGCACACGCUCGACAUGAUCGAGAGCAGCCAAGACAACAUGCGGACUUCUUGGGUUUCCCAGUUGUUUGGCGAAGUCGACGUGGACAAUCUGGGUCACAUGUCUCUGUGCAGCGCCGUCCAGUGCAUCAAGAACCUCAACCCCGGCUUAAAAACCGGCAAAAUCGAGCUGAAGUUCAAAGAACUGCACAAGUCCAAGGACAAAACGGGCACCGAAGUGACGAAGGAAGAGUUUGCCGAGGUUUUCCACGAGCUCUGUACCCGGCCUGAAAUCUACUUCCUUUUAGUUCAGUUUUCGAGCAAUAAAGAGUUCCUCGACACGAAGGACCUUAUGAUGUUUUUGGAGGCGGAGCAAGGGGUGGCCCACAUCAAUGAAGAAAUCAGCCUGGAGAUCAUUCACAAGUACGAGCCCUCCAAAGAGGGCCAGGAGCGGGGCUGGCUCUCCAUCGACGGCUUCACUAAUUACCUGAUGUCCCCCGACUGCUACAUCUUUGACCCGGAGCACAAGAAGGUCUGCCAGGACAUGAAGCAGCCUUUAUCCCAUUAUUUCAUCAAUUCAUCUCACAACACCUACCUGAUCGAAGACCAGUUCCGAGGCCCGUCGGACAUCACGGGCUACAUCCGCGCUCUGAAGAUGGGCUGUCGGAGCGUCGAGCUGGACGUGUGGGACGGGCCGGACAACGAGCCGGUCAUUUACACGGGCCACACGAUGACCUCGCAGAUCGUCUUCCGGAGCGUCAUCGACAUCAUCAACAAGUACGCGUUCUUCGCCUCGGAGUACCCCCUUAUUUUGUGUCUGGAAAACCACUGUUCCAUCAAGCAGCAAAAAGUCAUGGUGCAACACAUGAAGAAGAUUCUGGGAGACAAACUGUACACGACGUCGCCCAACGUGGAAGACUCUUACCUGCCUUCUCCCGACGUCCUCAAAGGGAAGAUACUGGUCAAGGCGAAGAAGCUCUCCAGCCACUGCCCGGGGAUGGAGGGGGACGUGACGGACGAAGACGAAGGCGCGGAGAUGUCUCAGAGGAUGGGCAAGGAGAACGCGGAGCAGCCCAACGUGGCGCCCCUGAAACGCUUCCAGCUCUGCAAGGAGCUCUCCGAGCUGGUGAGCAUCUGCAAGUCGGUCCAGUUUAAGGAGUUCCAGGUGUCGUUUCAGGCCCAGAAGUACUGGGAGGUUUGCUCCUUUAACGAAGUGCUCGCCAGCAAGUACGCCAACGAGAAUCCGGGGGAUUUUGUCAAUUAUAACAAACGCUUUCUGGCCAGAGUCUUCCCCAGUCCCAUGAGGAUCGACUCCAGCAACAUGAAUCCUCAGGACUUCUGGAAAUGCGGCUGCCAGAUCGUCGCCAUGAACUUUCAGACCCCCGGCUUGAUGAUGGACCUGAACAUCGGCUGGUUCCGGCAGAACGGCAACUGCGGCUACGUGCUGCGGCCGGCCAUCAUGAGGGAGGAGGUCUCCUUCUUCAGCGCCAACACGAAGGAGUCCGUCCCCGGGGUGUCCCCGCAGCUUCUCCACAUCAAAAUCAUCAGCGGGCAGAACUUCCCCAAGCCCAAAGGCUCGGGGGCCAAAGGGGAUGUGGUGGAUCCUUACGUCUACGUGGAGAUCCACGGGAUCCCCGCCGACUGCGCCGAGCAAAGGACCAAAACCGUGAACCAGAACGGAGACACCCCCAUCUUCGAUGAAAGUUUCGAAUUCCAGAUCAACCUCCCCGAACUGGCCAUGGUGCGCUUUGUGGUUCUGGAUGACGACUAUAUCGGGGACGAGUUUAUCGGGCAGUACACGAUUCCCUUCGAGUGUUUACAGACCGGUUACCGGCACGUUCCGCUCCAGUCUUUGACUGGGGAGGUGUUGCCUCACGCCUCUCUUUUUGUUCACGUGGCUAUUACUAACAGGAGGGGAGGAGGGAAGCCUCACAAGCGGGGACUUUCGGUAAGGAAAGGGAAAAAAUCCAGGGAAUAUGCCUCUUUGAGAACCUUGUGGAUUAAAACGGUAGAUGAAGUGUUCAAGAAUGCCCAGCCGCCUAUACGGGAUGCCACAGAUUUGAGAGAGAACAUGCAGAAUGCAGUCGUUUCAUUCAAAGAAUUAUGCGGACUCUCUUCUGUAGCGAACCUCAUGCAGUGCAUCCUGGCCGUGUCGACACGCUUGCUCGGACCCGACAAUACGCCGCUGGUGGUCCUGAACCUCAACGAUCAGUAUCCCACCAUGGAGCUGCAAGGGAUCGUGCCGGAGGUCUUGAAAAAGAUCGUCACCACCUACGACAUGGUGAGUCGCUCUUGGGAGCCGGAUGGAGGCCAGAUGCACACGGUAUCUUUAGAUGAUGGGCUGCGAGGGUUGGGUUUGGUUGGGUUUUAUUUGUGUUGUUAAGCACGUCUCCUUUUUCAUGCUUUCUUACCUGUAUUAAAAAUGUUGCUUCCCUGGAUAGGAGUUCUUUGUUUUCUUUUGUUUUCAUGAGAUUGAGUCUCCCAGUCUCUCACAGGCUAGAAAUAGAGCAGUCACUCCUGGACCCGUUUCUAGUUUUUAUAGGCAUGGGAGCUUUAAGCUACCUAGUUUCCAACCUGGGUGGAUUUACCCCUCUGGAGGUAGCCUGUUGGUCCCCUGUCCCAGGAACUCACCAAGAGGGUGCCAGACUUAGUGUGGGAGCUGGCAGGCCAAGCCCCACUGCAGCUCAGAACUCUGGAACUCAAGGGAUCCAUUCUGGUCACCUUCCCUAUUAAGGGGUCUGCUGUGAGGCAUUUGAUAGGCUGAGUGUUUUUCAGGUAGGACACUGACCUCUUACAUGGUAAACAUUUCUCUAGAAAGGGACUCUGAGCACAGUUGAACUCCUCUUCCUAGUGGAAUUCUUGGUAUCUUUUCUUUUUGUUCAGUCAAGAAUUAGAUUGGCUUGAAUCUCAAUAAGAUUCCCACAAAAAGUUAUCAAAAGCAGCAAUAAAUGGAGAAUAUAAUCCUUAAUACUUCAACAUGGGCCCUAUAUACAGUCCUACAAAGAGGACAGAAUUCAAUUACCAACCAUUACCUUUCCUGGACUUUGACUGGCUUCACUGACACAAAGACACACACCAAUGACCUACCCAAGACAUAAGAAUGACAUGAUAGGAAAAAAGAAAAGGUAUGGUUAGAUGAUGAUGAGAGAGAGAGAGAGAUAGGCAGAGAGAGGAGACAGACAGAGAGACACACACCAAUGACCUACCUGAGGCAUGAGAAUGACAUAUUAGGAGAAAUGAAAAGGUAUGGUUAGACUAUGAGAGAGACAGAGACAGAGACAGAGACACACACCAAUGACCUACAUGAGGCAUAAGAAUGACAGGAUAGGAGAAAAGAAAAGGUAUGGCUAGACAGAGAGAGAGUGUGUGUGUUGAUAGAAUGGAUGGGGAAAGAGAGAA